UUGAAAAAAAAGAAGUGGCUUCACUCCAAAUUUCAAUCAUAUUUAUUAAUUAUCAUCACUACUACCAAGUGUGCUGCUUCCUUCUAGGGCUCACAAACUAGUGUGUGAUUGUACAAUGAGAAAAAGACAAAUCUGAUGGAAAAAGGGUUUGGCAUGAAAUUCCCUUAAAGCAGCAGCAGCAGUAGCAGCUUUGGUAAUCGAAUACCACUCUCUUCUGAAUCUGGUUAUUGCUGGGAUGGCAAUGGCAAUGGCAAUUGCAGAAGAAGGAAGGUUUUUCAGAGUGCACAACACACAGGGUUGUGCAUUCAUUCCCAAGCCCAAGCCAAAGCCAAAGGCAAGCUUUUUGUUCAAUCUUAAGCACAGAAAAAUGGCAUCUUUUUCCUCCACCUCCACUCUAAUCCUAAAUGCCUACAAACCCAACAAACCACAACUUGCUUGGCCCUCUCCCACCGAUGAGAUUCCAUUUUGGAGCAAGGAGUUUCCUUCUCUGGAUCAUGUGGGUGCUGCUGUUGAUGUGGUCAACCAUGAUCAUCCUCAUCAGCUCAUGCACAUCACUCACGUCACGGCUGAAAUGGCACCCAUAGCCAAAGUGGGUGGCCUUGGCGAUGUCGUCACUGGACUUGCUCGUGCCUCCUUGUCCCGUGGCCACACCGUCGAUAUAAUGCUCCCUUUCUAUGAGUGUAUCCCAAGGCAACAAAUCACUGACUUGGCUUUAAUCACCACCUUUAGCUCCUACCAUGAUGGAGUUUGGAUCUCAACCGAAGCCUAUCGAGGACUGGUUUCAUCUAUCCCUGUUAUUUUCAUUCAACCCUCCAACCAUUUCUUCAAGGGCAAACAUGUGUACGGUGGCUCCUAUAAUGAGCUCGACGCUUAUGUCUUCUUUAGCCGUGCUUGUCUUGAAUGGAUGCAGGUGACUGGAACCCAACCAGAUAUUAUUCAUGUCCAUGAGUGGCAGACAUCUGCUUUGCCCUUGCUUUAUUGGGAUAUGUAUCAUAAUCUUUCUCUAAAGAAACCAAGAAUAGUCCUAACCAUCCAUAACAUGGAGCAUUUUGGAGAGUGUAGCGAACAGCAACUUAGCAAGUCUGGUCUCGAUGGUUCUCUAUAUGCAACUAUUGACAAGGCAGUUGAUGAACGAACUAUUGGCCAUAAUCCUGAGAGAUUGAGCUUAUUGAAAGGUGGAAUAGUCUACAGCAAUGCGGUUGUCACAGUCUCCCCAACAUAUCUUAAGGAAACGAUGUGCUCAGGAUGGCUUUCAAGCACUUUAGUGAGCAAUCGGCAUAAGUACUUUGGUAUAUUAAAUGGGAUUGACACUGCAAUAUGGAACCCUGCCUUGGAUGUUUUCUUGCCUGCUAAGUUCCAUGGUCAGAAUCUUGAGGGGAAAAUGUUAUGCAAGUACUUUGUCCAGAGAGGCCUUGGUUUGGCCUCUAGUGAGAGUGUACUGGAUGUGCAAACCACGGUGCCAUUGGUUGUUUGUAUCACACGACUCGUCGCACAAAAAGGCCUUCACUUAAUUAUUCACGCAAUGAAGCGCGUUGAGGAACUUGGUGGACAAAUGAUUAUACUGGGAAAAGCUCCAGAUGGUAACAUUCAAAGAGAAUUUGAAGGACUUGCAAAUUUGCAUAAUCAGGGUCCUAGCAUUCGAAUCUUAUUGAUGUAUAGCGAGGAGCUGUCUCAUAUGCUUUAUGCUGCAGCAGACAUGGUGUUCGUUCCUUCCAUGUACGAACCGUGUGGACUUGCACAAAUGAUUGGCAUGCGUUAUGGAGCAGUACCUGUGGUUAGAAAGACCGGUGGUCUAGCUGAUACAGUCUUUGACAUGGACAAUCAGCUAAACCAAGAGAUGGCCAAUGGGUUUGUUUUUGAGGGAAUCGAUGAAGCAUCUCUAGAUGGGGCCUUGGAUCGUGCAUUUUCCUACUUUAAAGACAAUCCUGAUAAAUGGAACAGCAUUGUGAGGAAGAUUAUGGAAAUUGACAAUAGCUGGAACAACACAGCUGGGAAAUAUAUUGAGCUGUAUAGCUCAAUCAGAGCAAAUGCUGACUGAUGAUACUUUAGACACAAAGGCCUUCAAUUUCAAGCUACUCCAGACUAGACUACACAGGUUGCACCCCUUAUGCUGUCAUUUUUGGCUACUUUCUCAGAAAAUGAUCACCUUGGCCACACCUGUGAUUGGUGCUAGUAUGCUACCUGCAAUGUAUUAAGCUGUGCAUGUAUGUAACAUGUAAUAAUAAGCUGAUGCUGCUGUAAAUACAACAAAUUAACAGCACUACACAAAUGGCAAAAUUUUGAAAUUUCUUUAGACA